AUGGCUCAAGAAGUAGUGUACGGGACUCAAGACGACACCCAUGUCGUCAUGUCUGAAAAAGUACAAUCACUAGCUGGUAGUAUUUAUCAGGAAUUCGAAAAAAUGAUAUCCAAGUAUGAUGAAGAAGUUGUGAAAAAUUUGAUGCCACUAGUGGUUAAUGUGUUGGAAUGUUUGGAUCUUUCCCACACGGAAAAUCAAGAACAUGAGGUAGAAGUUGAACUACUACGAGAAGACAAUGAACAAUUAGUUACUCAAUAUGAGAGGGAAAAACAACUAAGGAAAUCCGCAGAACAGAAACUUUUAGAAAUGGAAGACUAUAUUGAAGAUGAGAAAAAAGAUUAUCAAAGUAAAAUAGAGAGUUUAGAAUCAAUUGUUAGAAUGUUAGAAUUAAAAUCAAAAAAUGCUUCAGACCAUGUUUAUAGAUUGGAAGAAAAAGAACAAGAUAUGAAACAAGAGUACACUAAAUUGCAUGAACGAUACACAGAAUUAAUUAAAACACACAUGGAUAACAUAGAACGUACAAAAAUUUUAAUGGGUUCUGGUGACCGUAUGGAUAAUCCUAGAAGUAUGCGUAUGCCUUUUAUGAGCAUGGCCCAUAUGAAUCGAUCUUCUGGACCAGUUUCAUUUGGGUUUAGUUCCCUUGAAAAGUCCUUCUACACUAAAGUCUAUUGA